AUGCUUAGCUAUUCAUCGCGCAAGUAUGGAGAAGCUAUGCUCAUUUUAUUUGGUCUGGGAUGUGGCCCGGAAAAUGCAAACAAGAGAUCAACUCUUGGUCUCAUUUUGAUUUUCUAUCACAUCCUCCUCCUCCUUCUCAUCAUCAUCAUCAUCGUCAUCAUCAUCAGCAUCAAGGGUCUCUUCUUCUUCCCUCUCUUUUUUAAAUUUGCUCCCUUCCUCCCAUUUCGUUCUGUUUUUCUCUUUCUGCAGCAGCAUGUUCUUACUUUUUUUCUUUACGUCAUGCAAUCCUUCUUCUGCUAUAUCAUCAUCAUCAUCAUCAUCAUCAUCAUCAUCGUAAUCAUCACCUUCUUCUUCUUCUUCUUCUUCUUCUUCUUCUUCUUCCUCCUCAUCUUCUUCUUCUUAGUCUUAUCUACACCAGUCUCUGGUGCCGAUGUAUCUUAUUCCCCUUGGUUGCCACUCCAAUCACGAAUCUCUCCUUCUCUCUACUGUUUUAAUUGCGGUCCGGAGAACAUGCAUACCGCAGCAACCCUGGGUGGCGAUAUCACCUUCCUCACGAACGUGGGUUCCUCAGGCGGUGGCAGACAGGUAUCCCCUCUGUUUGCCAACUCUACCGCUGCCGCAGCCGCCUCUUUCGCCUCAUCUCCUCCAAACGCCUCCGCUUGGUACGGAGCUGCCAGUGCAGUUUCGCAAGAUCCGCGCCUCAGCGGUGGUCCUAAGACGGGUGUCACCUGCAGUUUCUGGUUAUGGAGAUUUAGUUCACCUGCGCGCCGUCACACGUUAACUUUGCUUGCAGGAGGGUCUUUUGCAGUCCAUGAAAUGUGGUUAACUGGUCUUGUUGACGAUGCGGUUGGUGUCGGCAUCACGCACCGUUGGUGCCAGAAAGGCUGA